UGGUUUCUGAUUGGCUGCUAGAACUUGUGGCUCCUCAGCAGCCUGGCUAUUUAAGGGCAAGGGAGUGGCACCGUCUUUCCCCCACGUCUGUGUGCAGGACCCGAGUGAACAGCUGGAACAAGCAGCUUGAAGAAUAUAGCAGCACCAUGCCUGGAAUUAUUUGCACCAGCCUGCAAGUUGCCCCUGGCCAGCGCAUUUCUGUGAAAGGUGACAUUCCACCAGGAGCCAAGAGUUUUGUCAUCAAUCUGGGCAAAAACAAAGACGACCUUCUAAUACACUUCAACGCACGUUUUGAUAUUCAUGGGGAUGUGAGAACCAUCGUGUGCAACUCCAAGAACAAGGGGCAAUGGGGGAAAGAGCACAGGGAAACCAACUUCCCUUUCCAGGAGGGCAGCAGUGCCGAGGUGCUUUUCUCUCAUGACAAAAGUGAGGUGACCGUUACACUGCCUGGCCACCAUCAGUUCAAGCUCCCGAACGCGGCUGGAUUUGAAGGCAUCGAAUACAUCUGCCUAGAAGGCGACAUUGCAUUUAAAGGCAUAUCACUUGCUUAACGAUCCCUCCUGGUCCUGCUUUGCUUACCUCUUCUGUUUAAUAAGGCAGCAAAAUAAACACAGCUACAUUUUGAUCUUAAUUAAA